AUGGUUUUAGAGGCUACAGUUCUAGUUGUUGAUAACUCUGAGUACGCAAGAAAUGGUGACUUCCCCAGAACGAGGUUUGUAGCGCAGAUUGAUGCGGUUGAGUACAUUUUCCAGGCGAAAAGAAACAGCAAUCCCGAGAAUACUGUGGGUCUAGUAUCUGCGGCGGAGUCUAACCCCAAAGUGUUGUCGACGUUCACAAACGAGUUUGGUAAGAUCUUGAGCGGUUUGCACGAAACGAACAUAGGGGGGUCGAUCCACUUCAGCACUGCUAUUCAAAUUGCUGCAUUGACCUUGAAGCACAGACAAAAUAGAGUGCAACGCCAACGAAUUAUCAUAUUUGUAUGCAGUCCAAUCACGGAAGACAGACAAGAUUUGGUUAAAAUGGCCAAGAGAUUAAAGAAAAACAGCAUUGCGGUAGAUGUUAUAAACUUCGGCGAGACCGACUCCAAUACUGCACUUUUAGAAGAAUUUGUGGAAACCGUAAACAGCGGACAAGAGGACAGCAAAUCCACCCUAUUGAAUGUGAAUCCUGGUCCAAAGUUGCUUUACGAACACAUCGCUGCAUCCCCAAUCAUACUCGAAGGAUCUAAUGCCGAGGCAGGGUUUACAAUGGGUGGAAAUGAAGACUUCAUGGACUUCGGUGUGGACCCUUCUCUAGAUCCAGAAUUGGCAAUGGCCCUACGUUUAUCGAUGCAAGAAGAACAAGAAAGACAAGAACGUCUAAGACAGCAGUCCACCGAACAGUGA